AUGCAGGAAAUUCAAAGUGUGGCCAAGGAAUACAUCAAUGAUGAAGAGGUCAGUCAGGUCGUAGCAGCCACUAAGCAGCUGCUCCCUAGCUCAUCGGCACGGCAGGCCCCUCAGGUCGACAGGUGCAAAGAAGCUCCCAGGGACGGCACCCUAAGCAAGUUACCCAAGCAACCACGGGUAGGAAGGUUCACGAACUACACGCCACUUACAGCACCCAUCGUAGAAGUCUACCAACAAAUUGCAGACAAGGGAAUCCUGUCCAGAUCUAGACCAUUGAAAGAGAGAACGGGAGGCAACAAGAGCCUUUAUUGUGAUUAUCACAAGGGAUUUGGUCACAAAACCCAAGACUGCUUCGACUUCAAGGAUGCCUUAGAGCAGGCCAUCAGAGAGGGAAAGUUGAGCGAAUUUUUCUGGCUCAUCAGAGAACCAAGGAGGCGAAAAAAGGAACGCUCCGAGAAAGAUCGGAGCCAAACUGUUAAACUAAGGCAAGAACCCGCAGGGGAUGCCAAUAACCCCCCAACUUUCGUGGUCAACAUCGUAGUCGGGCGCGACAGCCCCCCUAAAUCCAAGUCGGCAGGGAAAAGGGACACCCAAGUACUCUCCAUCUCAGCAGAUGGCCCCGCCACCAGCAAAGGGUAUCCCACAAUAUCUUUUGGCCCAGAAGAUAAAUGGUUCUAUGAUCUCCCCGAAACCCCCCCCCCCCAUGGUAGUUACCGCGAUAGUCGGGACAGGACUAGUCAGGCGUAUCCUCGUCGACACGCGGGAGCCGAUUCUAACAUUCUAUUUAGAAACGUGUUCAACGCCAUGGGGCUUAAGGAAUCCGACCUCAAAAAUCACCAGCAUGGAGUCAUCGGACUAGGCGAUAACUACAUUAAACCCGACGGGAUGAUCUCUCUCCCAAUCUGCCUAGGAACCGGUGACACCAGGAAAUCGAUUAUGGCGGACUUCGUAGUCCUCAGAGACUCCACUGCCUAUAAUAUCAUCCUAGGGAGAAAAACUAUCAACGAAUUCUCAGCUGUAAUAUGCACCAAGUUCCUAACAAUGAAGUUCAUAACGAACAAGGGAACGGUUGGUUCCAUAAGGAGAGACCUAGAAACGGCAGUCGCCUGCGACAGUGCUAGUCUCUCCUUAAGGAAAGAAUCUAAGAGGGCAGCCGGCGUAUUCCUGGCAGAUCUGGACGUCAGGAUAGAGGACAAGCCAAGACCAGAACCAGAGGGAGACAUGGAAAAGUUCCAAAUAGGGAAGUCAGCAAAUCAGUUUAACUUCAUAAAUAGAAACCUGCCCCAUGAACUCAAGGGCCCCCUCAUAUAG